UGAAAAGUGAUCCAUAGACAGUUGGCUAAUUAACACGUAUCCAUGUGUAUAUAUAUAACACACAGUCACAGAACCAUAGCAAACACCACAAAAAACACACAAACAGAUAAAACGAUCUCGUUGUUUGCUUUCUCAAGAAUUAACAAUGGAGGCAACGAAGAUGAAACUCGUUGAGGCUGUCUUGGUGGUUAUGAUGGCUUUCUCUGCUCUGCAACAGGCUGCCGCCGUGGAGGCUCCAGCUCCGAGCCCUACCUCUGACGCUUCCUUGUCUAUCCCUGCUUUUGUCGCCACCGUAGCCACUCUGGCGUUUGGGUUUCUAUUCUGAGCACAUUCGUUUUGAUUUUUAUUUUUUUAGUUUAUGUAGAAAUCAUAUUCUUGAUUUCAUAAUUUAUUUUCACUCUUGUGUAUUGUUUAAAGCUUUGCCACAUCCGAUAUCAAUAAACGCAUCCCUGUCAGUUUCUUUGUA